AUGGUGCUAUCCCAACCUAGCACAGAUUUUGACCCGGCCAGCGCGGAAUGCAAAGCGCUUGAAGCCUAUUUAACGGCGAAGUACGAUUCCUAUACCAGGGAGGGUGUAUACGACGGAGUGUUAUGGGCCGUAUUCAAGCAAGACUUCCAGAACUGGGGCCUUGAUAAGUUCAACAAGGUCCCGUUUCUAUGCCUCCAACGUAUGGCAAUACGGCUCCGCACCAACGGCGUAUGCGUGAGCACCGAUGAGCCAUUGAAAAUUGCCGAAAAUCUCUACUCUAUAUGCCAAGAGAAAGCCCCGAUACCAUGGUCUGAAAAAGAAGCUAUAUACCACCUUAGGACCGGCGAGAUUUUGGGCUCGCACGACUAUCAUAUUGCUCUAAAAGCCACCCCCGAAGCUGCCCAAGAGACCGCCCAAGCCCCAGCUCGCAUUGAAUACCUAAUGAACCUAUCGGAGCUGUAUAAUCACGAAAUGAAGUACGAGGGCAGCAACGAUUCGUUUGGCUUCAAGCUUGACAUAUUUUAUGACUGUUGCCGCCAAGCCUGCCUGCCGUUCUCCCCUGAAGCACAUAGAUUAGCACUGCCAAUCAUACUUAAAGGGGAAGCCCUAGAUUUCUACUGUACAUGGUGCGAAUCGUGGAGAGAGCAAGGAAUCGAACCUGUCGAAGCUAUCCGCCAGAACUUCGAAGGUAAAGAGCAUCGCUGUUACGUUGAGCAUAAAUGGGCCCGUACUACACUCCAACAGACAAUCAACGAGAACCCUGGCAAGGAUACCCUGCAGUGCCUCGAAACGAUGAUUCAGGAGCUCAAAAAGCUGACCUAUUCACUGGAUCCUGCGCUACGAACAGAGGCUUGCCUCCGGAUGAAGAUUUUUACAGCGACCCGUACGCACCCGGCAUGCCAAAUUGCCACCGGAAGACCUGCCUCCACCGUUUCUGAGCUUAUCAACGACCUACGUACGAGUAUAAGCCAAUAUCAAGAUACGCACCGUACCAUGCAGAACCGAGCUUCACACGUCGACAAAGAAACGUACUACACUGACCGCCACUAUCACGGACGUCAGUUACGCUCUCCAUAUCGAGGCCACCGUCUGCACUGA